AUGCGCCACAUACCCAUACACAAGCAAACCACGCGGGGAACGGCGCGCGGACAACAUGGGUUCCCUCCCCGCACCUCGCUUCCCUCGCUACCCCUAUCAUUUCUGCUCGACAUACCCUCAGUGCUCCGCGUCCCCCCUUCCAGUGACUCGUAUCUCUCACCCCUGCCGGACGGGGGCAGGGGGCAAUCCCGAGGUCCGCUGGGCAACUACAUCGGCGGGUUCCCCCAGGCGGCGAUGGACCCUCUGCUGGACCUCAUGUUCCUCCCCUCGGGCCUCAACCUCAAUAUAGUGCGAUUCAAUAUAGGCGGCGGCUCGCUCCCGCAGUACAGCCCGCAGCUCCACUCGGACGCGCUGCUGCGCUGGCGGGCCAUGCCGGGGUACUGGCCGGCGCAGGCAGCGGGGUUCAACUGGACGGCGGAUUCAAGGCAGCAGGCGGUGCUGCUGGGCGCCAAGGCCCGCGGGGUGAGCGUGUUCGAGGCGUUUUCCAACAGCCCGCCCUGGUGGAUGACCGCGAGUAAAGACGUUGCGGGCGGGAAGAAGACGUUUCAGACGAAUCUGCUGCCGAAGCACGAGGGGAAGUUUGCGAAAUAUUUGGUGGAGGUGGUUGAAAGGUUUAAGACGGAUCCGGCUUUAGGGAAUAUCGAGUUUGAUACACUGGAGCCGUUCAACGAGGCGUUAGAGGGGCACUGGCUAAAGGGGAUGGGGCAGGAGGGGUGCAAUUUCAACGUGGUCGAAAUGACCCGUAUCAUUUUCAAAACUCUGCGACUGCUUCGGGAGAAGAAACUCAAGACCAAACUCGCCGGUGUGGACAGCUUUCCGGGCAUGACAGCUCUGUGGUUCCCACUGCUCGUGGGGAAGAUUUUUUUACUAAGGGUAAACGUUCAUGGUUACACACUGCCGAUACAGCAGGUCGUGAACAUGACUGCUUCUGUCGCUGAGAAAACCUACGCCGCUCGUUACGUCGCGAUGAAGGUGCUCGCGAAAUCGCUAGGGAAGGAGAUCUGGGUGUCGGAAUCUGGGCCGUUGAACAAGUUUGGCAACGCGUACGAUCUCUCGCUCUACAUGAUGCGGAACGUGAUCGAGACAGUACAGUACAAUCUCAUCGAUGCUGGUUUCAGAAUCUAUUAUUCCCAAAUGGUGUUGGCAUAA